AUGGGAGACUUAAUUGUUGUUACCAUACCUUGUACAGCUAGACCAGCGGAACCUCCAACCAGGAAACAAACCAGGGUAAUUGAAUUAAUCCACUCAAGGUCGAGCACACUCUCGUUGUGGCGUCGCCUUAUUGAGAUCAAAUUCCCCAAUCCAACUUCGUCUUGGAGAGCUGGUGCACGCAGUGGCCCUAUUGGUUGUUCUGUUUGGAUGGGUAUCAUGAAGCUUGAAGCGGAUUUCUGGAAGUUGGCACACAUUACUCCUAGUGGAGGUGCAUGGGUUUCCUUCUGGAAUGACUGCUGGCUACCUGGAACAGUUCUCAGAGAUCCUUAUCCUAGAGUUGCAGCCGCCUCCACGAACCAAGAUGCUUGGGUGUCCAACGUGAUAUCCUUUAAUAAUGAGAGUGUGGGGUGGGAUUUGUCGUUAUCUAUUUGCUUGAGGGGAGGGGCUGAGCGUGAGAGAACUGAUCUUAUUAAUAAAUUAUCUCUUCUACCUUAUGGUUCAAUUUCUAUAGGGCCUGCUAAGCUCAUUUGGAGACCAAGUGUGCGGGGUGGUUUCACAGUGAAAUCCAAGUACACUGCCCUCAACAAAGCGAAAUAUGCCAGUGUUGAUGAUUUCUCGGGCGCGGUGGUGUAG